AUCUGAACAAAGCUACAGCCUCCAAUAAUCCAACAAUUAGACCAUAACAGAUAGCAAAGGGAUAAUGUGGAUGACAACCAUGCCUUACUCAUCUCUCCCCAAACUCAGUUAUUACCAUAAUUUCCAUUUUCACCAUCAAAGAUGCUUCAACAUCAACCUCUCUAAAUUGACAAUUAGAGCAUCCUCUGCUGCCCCUCGUGUAGACCUCAAGACUCUAGAAUCUGCCAUUGCCAAGAAAGAUAGUAAUGAUGUUAAAGAGGCACUUGAUCAGCUGAGUGAAAUUGGUUGGGCCAAGAAAUGGAGUUCUCAGCCAUAUGUUUCACGUCGCACGACAUCACUCCGAGAGUUGACAACUCUAGGAAUAAAAAAUGCAGAGAACCUUGCAAUUCCUAGUGUCAGAAACGAUGCAGCUUUUCUUUUUACUGUGGUGGGAACAACUGGAUUUUUGGGUGUUCUGGCUGGCCAGCUUCCCGGGGAUUGGGGCUUCUUUCUACCAUACUUGAUUGGGAGUAUCUCCUUAGUAGUUUUGGCUGUGGGCAGCAUAUCCCCCGGGCUUCUCCAAGUAGCUAUUAGCAGCUUCUCAUCACUUUUUCCUGAUUAUCAGGAGAGGAUUGCCAGACAUGAAGCAGCUCACUUUUUAAUUGCUUAUCUGCUUGGGGUACCCAUUUUGGGCUAUUCACUGGAUAUUGGGAAAGAACAUGUCAAUCUCAUUGAUGAGAGGCUGGAAAAGCUUAUCUAUAGCGGUCAGCUUGAUGCCAAAGAGCUAGAUAGAUUGGCUGUUGUGUCAAUGGCUGGACUGGCUGCAGAAGGUUUAACAUAUGACAAGGUGGUUGGUCAAUCUGCCGAUCUUUUCACACUCCAGAGAUUUAUUAACCGAACCAAGCCACAACUCAGCAAAGAUCAACAACAAAAUCUCACAAGAUGGGCCGUUUUGUUUGCUGCUUCUCUCUUGAAAAACAACAAGGUGACUCAUGAAGCCUUAAUGGCAUCGAUGGCAAAGAAGGCAAGCGUGCUGGAGUGCAUUCAAACAAUCGAAAACGCAGCAUAAUUCAACAUUUAACUGUUUAAGCUGUGAAAUACAAAGUAUGACCAUUCAACAUUAUCCUUUGACACAAUCUAUUGUGUACAAAUUCUCCCACCACUUCUUGUUCAUACAAAGCCAACACAUUAGUUUAAACCUAUUUGAUACAAGUAAAUAGUUGCAAUUAUUUAGAUAAUGACAUAGGAUUGAAAACGGCAGUUCACAUAAUAGAAAUUGAAAACGGUAGUUCACAUAGUAGAGUCUUGGAGUUCUUAAUGAUAAACCCAUCCACGUUACAAAGAAUACAUUUCAUUAGCUAUGAAUGCUCAAGAAAGGGAGACAUAUUUGU